CCGAAAUCCCAAAUCUAACUUGACAAUCUCGUUCAGCUCCCAGCCUUGCCUCGCUGUUCUGUUAUUGGUCGGCAUGGACGCCGAGGUUCAUGACGUCGUUACAGUGAGAGGUGGAUCGAAGCCCCGAAGGCCACACAAGAAAGCAAAGACAGGCUGUCUCGAUUGCAGAAGACGGCGCGUCAAGUGUACCGAGGAGAGGCCUGAAUGUCGUGCUUGUCGGCGUCGUGGAGUCGAAUGUGAAUAUCCUUCAUUUCAAGGGAUAGUAUUCCCAUCACCGUCUACACAGCAUGGUGACGGAACGUCUCCCGAGUCGACUUCGUCACAGCCGCCGAAGCAGAUUCAGACUCAGAGGAUUGCGCCUGUUCCAGGUCUGGUCUCAAGUGCAUAUCAGUCAGUUCUUGGGGUACAGCAACACGACAGACCAAGCGUCACUUAUGGAAUAGCGGACAUGGCUCUGCUUCACCACUGGACAGUCUCUACUAGUCUUGAUGUUUACAAGAACUCGGCUUUAUCGGUUAUCUGCCAGGUCAUAUUCCCCAAGAUCGCAUUUGAACAUCCGUUCGUCAUGCAAGCUCUCCUAGGCCUGAGUGCACUCCACAUCGCGUACCUUGAGCCACAGCAUAGGCUGAGAUAUACGGCAGAAGCAGCGCGUUACCACAGCCAAGGUCUACAGGGCUUCAACGAAGCCAUUUCGCAGUCGAAUGAGGAGGUGGCCGAUGGGUUAUUCGUCUGGUCAUCGCUCAACCUUCUGUACGUAUUUGCGGCGUCAGGUCGAUUGGGAGAGGGGUUCUGGGACGAGUCUAGCUGGGGCGGUCGUAAAGAUCGCAUCUUGGGGGCGGGAUGGGUUCCCAUGCUUCGAGGUGUCGAGACUGUACUGAUACCUUAUUUCGAAGUCCUAGCGGCGGGUCAGUUGAGAGAGGCCCUGGAUAUUGGCAAUUGGGACGAUAUCGAUCCCGACUUGGUAGAGGAUGUUGACGACAGGCGCUUCUGUCGCAUGAGGGAAAUUUGGGAGCAUAAUCCAGAUGCAUCAACGUAUGAAGAGACUCUACACGUUCUUAGGAAGAUCAGGAUGUUCAUGGCACAGUUCUCAACCAUGGAAGCUGAAACCCCUGGGGGUUCGGUGGUUAAUAGGGUCUGGCAGGGGGCUUUCCUGUUCGUGCCUUUUGCAUCAGAGCGGUACUUUGCUCUGUUGCAUCAGAGACAACCGCCGGCGCUCAUCCUAUAUGCUUAUUACGGUGCCUUGCUACACUCACUUAAUGAUUCUUGGUUCAUGGAAGGGUGGGGCUACGAUAUUGUAGGGGUAGUCAAUGACUUGCUUGGCUCUUAUUGGGAACGAUGGAUGUCAUGGCCACUUGAGGUGGUUGGUUUGGGAACAGAAAACAUGUAG